AUGGGCAGCCGAAGCAGCCGCCCGCCUGAUGAAGAAGAGGUGGCGCCAAAGCCGUCCUUGCGGCAGAGCUCCAUUCAUCCAGCGAGGUCAUUCUCCCUUGUGAGGUCCUUCUCCUCCCUGGACAUCACCGGGCGCUUUGCGGACCGAGCAGCGGAGACGGAGGAGUUCCUCCUGCAGGUGCCGCUGCUGAAGUGUUUGCCCAGAGCCAAAGUCAGCCAGUUGGCCGAAUGCGUGGCGUCAAAGAAGUUCGUUGCCAAUGCAACCGUCUUCAACCAGGGGGACGAAGGGGAGUCCUUCUUCAUCAUCCGCAGCGGCACGGCGCUGGUGCUCAAGCUGCUCGAGGAGGGCACCGAGGAGGAGGAGAUGGCGCGACUAAAGAAGGGCGACUUCUUCGGUGAGCGCGCGCUGCUCACCUUGGACUUCCGGGCCGCCACUGUACGCGCCGAGACCAACCUAGAGGUCUUGGAGAUCACCAAGCAUCAGUUUGACGAGAUGGGCCUGCGGGAGGAGCUGGACUUCCGAGGGCGCAAGGCCAUCCUGGUGGAGCAGCUGGUGGCUUUGAAGGAGCCCACGGAGAAGACCCCGCAAGAGAUCAAGUUCAUCAUGGACAGCGUGGCCAAGAACGAGAAUCUGUCGCAGUUUCUGGACCUGAAGAAGCUUCCGCACUUUGCGGAUCCCGCCUGGCGAGAGGAUGUGCCAGCCGGGCAUGUCGUCAUCAGGCAGGAUGACACCGAGGCGGAUUACUUCUACGUGGUGCAAUCUGGGGAGCUCAACGUGUUCAAGGAUGACAAGAUCACAGGGCACUUGAGCAAGGGCGCCUGCUUCGGUGAGCUCUCGCUGCUCUUCAGCGCCCCCCGCACCGCCACGGUGAGAUCCUCGAAGCCCUGCCAGCUCUGGGUGCUGCCCCGGGGGUGGAUCAAGUCGGCAGCGCAGGCAUCAGCACAAACCGCCUCAAAGAAGCAGAUGGUGUACCUGAACCACGUGAAGCUCUUCGACGUGCUGCUGCAGGCGGAGAAGGCCGUGAUCGCGCCGCUGCUCAACGAAGUGGACUUCGUGUCGAAGGACAAGAUCCUGGGCUUUGGGGAGGAGGAGGCCUCCAUGUACAUCCUGGUGAAGGGCUCCGCUCGCAUCGAGGAUGACGAUGGCGUCCGGGAAGUGACGGCAGGGCUGUCCGAGAACAUGAGCUCCAUGGCGGUGCAUUGCUUUGGGGAGCGCGCCCUGUUCGGGCCUGGCCACUCCAGUGAAAGGAGUGUGAAGAUCUCGUCGCCUCACGCUACCUGCUACAGACUGGAUGGUGUUGACUUUCAAGCCAUCUUCGGGAAGUAUGACGAUAUCCUGCGCCAAAGCGAGAGGGGCAUCGACUUUGUGGGCAUCGAUAUGGACCUCGAGAAGGCCGAUGUCAGCAGCCUCUUGUCCAUGCGGAAGAAGGAGCUGCGGCGGGUGUCCUUCCUGCGGCCCGGGCAGUUCGGGAAUCUGGAGCUUUGGUGCCACACAAUCACAGGCGAUCCAUAUAUGGUCAAGGCCCUGUCCAAGGGCUAUGUGGUGGAGCAGGGCUUGCAGGAGAAGGUCAUGCAGGAGAAGGACAUCAUGAUGAAGUUGGACCACAGCUUCAUUGUCAAGCUGUUGCAAACCUUCCAAGGCAAGCAGAUGCUGUACUUCCUCAUGGAGCCAGCUCUGGGGGGCGACCUCUACACCUGCUAUCUGAAGCAGAGCCUCCACGGCUCCAACAGCCACGCGCUCUUCUACAGCGCCUCGAUGCUGCUGGCGCUGGACCACAUGCACCAGAAGAAGGUCGCCUACCGGGACCUGAAGCCGGAGAACGUGCUGCUGGGCGCCACGGGCUACGUGAAGCUCAUGGAGUUCAGCCUGGCCAAGGUGGUCGUCGGCAGGACUUAUACCAUCGUGGGCACCCCUGAGUACUUGGCACCGGAGAUCAUUGGCGUCACUGGUCACAACCAGGCAGCGGAUUGGUGGUCCUUCGGGAUUUUCAUCUUUGAGCUGCUAGCAGGCAAAACGCCUUUCGAGGGCAUCAACCCCAUGCAGACUUUCGGCAAAACCUUGGCUGGGUUGGACAAAGUGGCCUUUCCAUCCAAGGUGACUCCGGCGGCGCAGCGGCUGAUCCAGGACCUCUUGAAGAGAUCUCCGGCCUUCCGGCUGCCCAUGAAGCCAGGGGGCGUGGCCAACGUGAAGGAGGCAGAUUGGUUCCAAGAGUUCGACUGGCGAGCGCUCAUGACGCAGACCAUGGUCCCACCCUUCAUCCCUGACAUUCGAGGCAAGACGGACACCAGCAACUUCCCCACCGGCACCGACGCCGUCAAGGCCCCGGUCGUCGAGCUGAAGGAGGAUGACGGCAACUUUGACAACUUUGCCAGCGGUGCAUGA